CUCUCUUCUACUUCCUGGACACCAGGUUCAUCUGUGUGUUUUUUGUGUGUGUGUGUUGAGUGUGUGUGUUUAAUUCAAAAGUCGUCCACACACACACACACACACAUGUGUGUGUGCUGAGAUGUGCCUGUCAGCCUGUCAGAGGCGGUGCUGCUGACUGUGACACACUCCAGCUGUGUGUGACAGGACUGAGGGCUGCAGAGCAGGACCUGAAACCAGAAAGAGAAUCAUCUGAACAGAGCCGACUGAUGUGAGUUUUUCUCAACCAGUUGGAGCGUUCCUCUGUCAGGUGUGGCCAUGUGGCUGCUGGCGGCGUCCGCCUCGCUGCUCCCCGCCGUCCUCCUCCUGUCCAGUCGGUACCGGGGGGAGGCGGCGGCGCUGUGGCGCCGGGCGGCGGCCUGGCUGCUGGGCCUGCUGAGAGGCAGAGUGUGUGUGAGGAGCACCCAUGCCUUCGUCUUCACCAACUGCACACACGGAAAAGUCCACAGCGUCCUGGAGACCUUUGACCUUUACACCAAGACACACCCGUCUGCGUCCGUCGGCCCUCAGAUCGGUGAGCUGCUGGAUGAGGUGGUGGGCCGACUGCGCCCCCUGCUGGUGCUGGAGCUGGGCAUGCACUGCGCCUACAGCUCAGUGCGCCUCCUCAGACUGAUGCCCCCUGCUGGCAGGCUCAUCACAGUGGAGCUGGACCCUGUCACUGCAGACCUGGGGGAGGAAAUCAUCCUGGUCUCUGGUUUUAAACACUCCCAGUUCCAGGUGUUGGCGUGCAGCUCGGCGGAGGCCAUCUCCAACAUGCCUUCACACCUGGAGCCCCACGAGAAGACCGGCGCCGGCUUCAGUCUGGUGCUGAUGGAUCACGACCCGGAGCAGUACCUACCGGACCUGCUGAGCCUGGAGAGACAGCAGCUCCUCUGCCCGUCCGGCUGCUCGCUGCUGCUCGUCAAGAGGGACCAGAGGUCUGCAGGACUGGGACGGGUCCUGGACCACAUCAGAGGACAGGCAGACCGCUACAGCGUCACCAGAGACCUGCAGGUCCUCACGGAGGUCUUUUACAGAACGGACGGACUGACAGCAAGGUCCACAUGAGAUGGUGUGGUGGUGCAGUGGUUAGUCUGUGAAAAUCCCGCUGUUGGAGUCCGGUCAGGCCUCUUUCUGUGUGGAGUUUGCACGUUGUUUUGUUCCAGGUGGGACCUUCCUUCACAUAAUCAGCUGAGCUCCUACAUUCAAUAAAACAGUGUGAAAGAUGGUUAAUAUUGAUUAAAAGAAGAUACACUUGAUUGAAAUAAAUCCAGCUCCACACUGCAGAGCAGAGCUCCAGUCCUGUUUACUCCUGCUGAAACCUGAGAACUGCUCACACACUCACCUCACCUCACAACAAAGAGACAAAGAG